CGCGCGCGCGAGAGAGAGAGAGAGAGAGAGAGAUAUGAGCAGAAGGCAGCCACCACCCAGUGCGAGACCUUCGGGGACGGACGGCUCGGAUUUUUCCUAUCGAAUGGUCGUCGAUUCGAGAUAUACGAAGGUAGCACAAGGAAAAGGUCGCCUUUGCAAGCUGCUACUUGCACAGGCAGCCAUCCAAGUGAUAGGUGUCCUAUGGCUCUUGCUUUUGUUCCUGCAACAAAGGGGUCCUGGCCAACUUGCUGUGUUUUCUGUUUUAGCUGGUUUCAUUUGUCUUGCUAUUGGAGAAUCAGGUCGAAGAUGUAACAGCAAAAACCUACUAAGAUCCUAUACUGUUGUAGCAUCUGUUGCUGCAAUUCUGUCUCUUGCACAAAUUAUUACAAGCAACCUUCUGUUGCAGAUACGCAGUGGUAGUCUUGGAGCAGUAUCAUCAAAUCCUGAAGCGAUUGAGAAUGGACGCCUGCUUAUCAGUGUUGUUCUGCAGUUAUACACCAUAAUGACCACCUUGACACUAAUUGGUAACAUGUCAGUGAAAAGAGCUUCUUGAUAAACUUUCUGAUGGUUCAGAUGGCAGUCACCUUGCUUCCAUCCUCAAAUGAUCUGGGUGCCAUCAGUCUUUCAAGCAAGCACAUAACACAAGCUUUUAACAGUUCAUCAUUCACAUUUUGUAUCUCAUUUUGUGAUUGGCGAAAUAUUUGUCUUUUAAAAGGAGGACUUACAUGGAACAUAAAGUGGUUAAUUGUCACAUGACCGACAAGUUUGGGACAGCAGUCCAUGCUUGUGGUUCGUUGUCAAAUUAAUUAGUGUAUGAUGCCUUUGUUUCA